GCGCCCGCGCCCGCGCAGCAUGUCGGGCCCUCGCCUGCUGGCCGCGCUCUGCGGCGCGCUCCUCGGCGCCUCGGGGCUCUUCGCCGCCUCCGGUGACGUCUGUGACUCCAGCCAGUGUCUGAAUGGUGGGACCUGCUUGUUGGGCCAGGAUGACCUCCCCUUCUACUGCCUCUGCCCCGAAGGCUUCACGGGGCUCCUUUGCAACGAGACUGAGACAGGUCCCUGUAUCCCAAACCCCUGCCGCAAUGAUGCCGAGUGCCACGUGAUCGACGACGCGCACCGAGGGGACGUCUUCACCCAGUACGUCUGCAGGUGCGCUCGUGGCUACACAGGCCCCCACUGCGAGACCAUCUGUGCCAUGCCGCUGGGCAUGGAGACAGGCGCCAUCACUGACGCGCAGAUCUCCGCCUCGUCCGUGCACUUCGGCUUCCUGGGUCUGCAGCGCUGGGUCCCGGAGCUGGCCCGCCUGCACCGCACGGGCAUCGUCAAUGCUUGGACGGCCAGCAACUAUGACAAGAAGCCCUGGAUCCAGGUGAACCUGCUGCGGAAGAUGUGGGUGACAGGCGUGGUGACGCAGGGUGCCAGCCGUGCGGGCAGUGCCGAGUACCUGAAGACGUUCAAGGUAGCCUACAGCCUCGAUGGGCGCAAGUUCCAGUUCCUCCAGGAUGCAGGGGACUCAGGAGGCAAGGUGUUUGUGGGCAAUGUGGACAACAGCGGCCUGAAGGUCAACAUGUUUGACUUCCCUCUGGAGGUGCAGUACGUGAGGCUAGUGCCCAUCGUCUGCCACCGCGGCUGCACCCUCCGCUUCGAGCUCCUUGGCUGUGAGGUGAAUGCAGGCUGUGCUGAGCCCCUGGGCCUGAAGGACAACAGCAUCCCCGACAAGCAGAUCACGGCCUCCAGCACCUACCGGACCUGGGGCCUGAACGCCUUCAGCUGGUAUCCCUUCUACGCGCGGCUGGACAAGCAGGGCAAGUUCAACGCCUGGACCGCCCAUAGCAGCUCUGCCUCCGAGUGGCUGCAGGUUGACCUGGGCUCCCAGAGGCAGGUGACCGGUGUCAUCACCCAGGGGGCCCGAGACUUCGGCCACAUCCAGUAUGUGGCAGCCUACAAGGUGGCCCACAGUAACGACGGCAUGAACUGGACCGAGGUCAGGGACCAAAGGGCCACGGACAGCAAGAUCUUCCCUGGCAACUUGGACAAUAAUUCCCACAAGAAGAACAUGUUUGAGACGCCCUUCCUGGCUCGCUUUGUGCGCAUCCUGCCCGUAGCCUGGCACAACCGCAUCACGCUGCGUGUGGAGCUGCUGGGCUGUUAGUGGUAGGCCAGGCUGGAGGACCGGAAGGGCCGUGGGGCACCUGCCCCUUCCCUGGUCCUCCUGGCCUUCCGUGGGCCUGCUGCCGCCUCCACUCUCCCUUCUGAUUGUAGCCGACCUGGGGGUGGGGGUUCCUCUUCCUCCCCUCUCCCCCUCCCCCUUCCUCCCAUGUGCCCCUGGCGCCCAGCCCUCAUGCCAUCCCAUUUUCUUAGGCACUGUGGGAGCUGAGUAGGUCUGGGAUGGACAGGGAAGGGCAAAUAGGGGGUGUGGGUGACCGGCACCUCUCAGACCCCAAGUCCAGCCUCUGUGUCCUCGGUACCCCCUCUCCCACACCUCACAUUCCACGGCCCUGGAGGAAGGCCCUCAGGCGCCGGGCAGGAGAUAAGAGGCAUGAUACUGCCACUCCUGCUGCUGCCACCUAGCCCCUGACACUGCCCCCUUAUCUCCCUGCAGACCCCUCUUGACCCUGUCCUGAAGCCUAGAAAGAGACAGAGGGUGUGGGGUGGGUCUGUGGAGAGAGAGGGGAGGAGGGUGGACAGGGGCCCUCUGUGCUGGGUCUUUACCCCAGGGUACACAGGCAGCUUCCAAAAUAUAUUUAUAUCACCCCUGGAA